GUUGUGUGUGUGUGAGGGGAGUGGGGGGGGUCUCACGCCCCCAGGGCCGCUGCCCCGCGGUGCCGGGCUGUGUGCCCGCCAUGGAAAAAUAUGAGUUGUGCUGCCCUAGCUGAGCAGGUGCUCUGGGUGUGUGCUGUGCCCGGCAGGUGCUGCAGCAGCUCCAGCCCGGGGCACUGGGCACGAUGCUGGUGGCUCAGCUGAAAACAGACCGGGGUGCCCAGAAGAAAUAUGCAAUAAAGCAGGUUGAAUGCAUUGACCAACACCAAGCAAAUGUGGCCUUGAAGGAGGCAAUGGAUUUGCUAAAACUCUGCCAUUCUAACAUCUGUACUUACAAGGAAUUGUUUCUGACUUGGAAUAAAGAGGUCUCAUCUCUGUUCCUCUGCCUGGUCAUGCAGCACUCAGGCCAAGGAGAUCUUUCAGCUCUGAUCAAAGAAAAGAGGCAGAAGUCAGAAAAGAUAACAGGCAUGGUGGUUCAGAAGUUCCUGGGACAGAUGGUGGAUGCUUUGUUUUACAUACACAAACGAAAUAUUUGGCACAGAAAUCUCAAGCCAUCAAACAUCCUUGUGACUGGUGAACCAUCCUUCAUGCUGAGUGACUUCAGUACUGAAACACUUAUGAAAGAUGACCUGAAAUGGAAAAUCAGAGUGGAAGAAGAAAGCAAGUCUUGGAUGGCUCCAGAAACAUUUGAAUUUUCUUUCACUGAGAAAUCUGACAUCUGGUCCCUGGGCUGUGUCCUCCUUGAUAUGAUGAGCUGCUUUGUUCUGAAUGCAGAAGAGAUAAAUUCCUUACUGCAGGAUAUCAGGGGGGACAGCAGCUGCCUGGAAGGAGUGCUGGCCCUGAUGCAGGAUGGAGAAAGCAGCUAUUUGCCUUUCUUUCCACUUUUAUUGAUGAUGCUACAGACUGAGCCCAGCCUGAGACCCACAGCAAGGGAUCUGGUCACUGUUCCAUUUGUUGGGAAAUGCCUGACUUUUGCUGGUGGCACCUCAAUAAAAUUAAAGAAGUCUCUGCCUCCCACAAUGACAGAUGUGCUCUUUCAGGGAGGAGUUGAAAGUGUUCUAGAAUUCAUGCAGGCUUCCUGGGAUAUUGAAGAAGUCCAGGCUAAAGGCAUUCAGCACCUUGCCAGCUUUGUAAAGGAUAAAAGUGCAUUCCCCCAUCUGCUAACAUGCACAGAAGUGAUCACUCUUGCCAUGAAGAUUCACACAGAUUCUCUGGAUUUACAAGUAGAAGGCUGCACUUUAUUGCUUGAAAUUCUUAGUCAAGCUCUGGAACAGGGGGUGAUGAUGGCCCUGGAUGAGAGUGUGGCCAGCUGCCUGUUACACACAGUGAGAAAACAUUCUGAAAAUGAAGAGUUCCUUUCAAUGCUCUGCACAUUAUUGAUGAUGGUUUCAGCCAGUGCUAAUGGGCUCAUGUUACCGGUCUGUUAUCUCAGUUUAAACACCUUAGUGCUGCCCGUUUCGAGGCCAGUGAGUGGGACAAAAAUACCAGAUUCUAUAGAAUUUCUGUGGUUUUCAGAAGUAGCUGCGGAAAACCUAAGGAAAAUUGGAAUCAUUCCAGACCUUCUGUCAGUUUUAAGACGUUUUCUUCAUAAUGACAAGAUCUGCUUCUCUUGCUGUGCCGUUCUCUGGAGCUUGGCUGUGAGUGGUAAUUCAGAGAAUAAUGCAGACCAAGCAGUGCUGGAAAGUGCUCUCCCUGUCACCUCAGCAGUGCUUCAGAAACACCUCCAGAAUGGAGUCGUUGCAGAGUCUGCCUGCUCAGCUCUGUGGGCACUGGCACUCCAAGGUUGCUUAACUGACAGUGACUAUGAGCCCACAGCAGCACUUUUGCUGGAUGCACUCAGGAUGAACCCAGAAAGAGCAGUGCUGGUGAAGAAUGGCUGCCUGGCAUUAGCCAGCCUUGUGAGGCUCUCAGAAGCUGCAGCUUUGGCAAUUCUGCUGGACUCAAAGGGCAGUGGAAUAGAGCUGAUCAAAGAUGAAUAUCACCUUCAUUCCAACGAGCCAGGGGUGGCAGAAGCUCUGUGCCUGCUGAUGAACGAGAUGGUUCAGUAUGAUGAGGUUAUGCUGAAUAUGAGGUCCCAGAAAAUGGAAAAGCUGCUGUCUGAAAUAAAACUCCAGUUUCCAUUUAGCACGGAGAUUCAGACCCUGGUGGAUGCAACACUUUUGAAACUGAGGAAGGAAAAACGCUUUGUCUGAGAACAAGACUUGGCCACUGCUGGAUACAAAGCUUGGAUCCUCCAUUAGAGGAUUCUUCUCACCAGAAAAAAAGAAUAUUGGACUAUUAAUAAUAUGCAAACAGGUAUUUAUUGAUGGUUUGGGUACCACAACUGUGUAACUAACAGCAAUAUUUAAGAAUUCACCUUGUAGUAGACCUCACUUUGUGGACCUCAACAUACUUGAAAUAAAGAUUUUAAUCCUCGGA